UUCGGAGUCGGGUCGAGGAAGUCUCGUUUGUUUCCUUCUUGUCUCUCGCGUGGAGUGUGACGUCAGGGGACGCGCGGAACCAGGAAGCAGCUGCAGAGGCGACAUGUGCGGGGGCUGCGUGAAGACCGAGUACCCGUCGCGGGGUAACACCUGCUUGGAGAACGGGUCCUAUUUGAUGAACUACGUGGGUUGCAUUGAAUGUAAAAAAAAGGAUUUCGUGUUGAUAGCAAACAAGGUAGCAGAAGAUGAUGAUGGAGAGGAAAUUAUCACUUAUGAUCAUGUAUGUAAGAACUGUCACCAUGUGAUAGCCAGGCACGAAUAUACUUUCAGUGUAGUGGACGAUUACCAGGAAUACACCAUGCUGUGCAUGCUCUGUGGCAGGGCAGAAGAUUCUAUCAGUGUCUUGCCAGACGAUCCUCAUCUGAUGACUCCAUUGUUCUGAGCCUCUUGUUUUUAGCCGAUUGUAUCAUGUUAAUUUUGUAACAGCAAGUUAUGAAACAUGGAUUGGGGGGGGGAUCCUGUUCAGUCCAUGCAGAGUCAAGUGAUAUAACCCUCCUCCAUGUUUUUAAGUUACAAGCUGCUUACCUCCUCUCCACUAUAGGUACAUACUGCUUCCUAAACUUGUAGGUGAUAAAGAAGCCAAUUUCCUCUGUGCUGGCUUUAGGGCUUAAUUUUUAAGACCCAUUGUCAGCUGGCUUUGGUAGGAGAAACAAAAAUAAUAAUUCUGAGAGGGGUUGUUCUGCAGUUGGCUUCAUGCAGAAGUGAUAACAUCAUCUGAGAGAUAAUAGAAAUUAAUCCUCAGCAGGAAAGAAGGUUGCUGGGCAAGGACUGCCCAGAUUAUUUCCUUUUCAGUGUCAGGAAAAGUCUUUUGUCAGUGUUACAUAUUUAGUAAAUUGGCUCAAGUAUGGGAGGUGUUGGGUUCCUUUGGCCUUUCUGAUGUUGCUGUACUACAACUCCCAUUAUCUCUGGCCAUUGGCCAUGCUAGAUGGAGCUGAUGG